UUUGAUAAAGAGCAUGCUUGGUUUGCCAAAGAUGCUCGAAUGUUAGGCUUGGGUUAGCUAGCGAUGGUUUCAACCCUUUUAACAAUUUGAGUAAACCUUAUAGCAUCUGGUCAGUGAUACUUGUCCCUUACAACUUGCCCCCCGUGGUGUUGUAUGAAAGAUCCAUUCUUCAUCACUUCACUUCUUAUUCCUGGACCAAGAUCACGUGGAAAUGAAAUUGAUGUGUAUCUGCAGUCGCUAAUUGAUGAUCUCGUGGAUCUAUGGGAAAAUGGUGUAUACACAUAUGAUGCAGUGGUAGGCCUUAUAUUCCGAUUGCAUGCAGCUUUAUUAUGGACAAUCAAUGAUUUUCCCGCAUAUGGAAACCUCUCCGGAUGGAGCACUAAAGGAAAAAUGGCAUGUCUAACAUGCAAUCAACAAACUGAUUCUAUGUGGUUGACAUAUAGUCGAAAGCAUUGUUAUAUGGGUCAUCGUUGAUUCUUGCCACUUGCCCAUAUUUGGAGAAAGAAAAAGAGUCUUUUUAAUGGCAAUGAAGACCAUCGGUCCGGACCUACACCAUUGUCAGGAAAAGAGAUACUCAAUCAACUGCAGAAUAUUCCAAAUGAAACGUUUGGUAAAACUACCAAUAAAAGAAAGCGUACCACUAAGGAGUUAAAUUGGACAAAAAGAAGUAUCUUCUUUCAAUUGCCGUAUUGGUCCACUUUAAAGAUUAGACAUAAUCUUGAUGUGAUGCACAUUGAGAAGAACAUAUGUGACAAUAUCUUAGGAACUUUGAUGAACAUUCAAGGAAAAACCAAGGAUCAUCCUAAUGCACGUCGUGACCUUUCCAACCUAAGGAUAAGGAAUGAGUUACAACUUAAAUAUGAUGGAGAUAAACUUACCAUGCCACCUACUUGUUUUACUUUGCAUGGAGCUGAGAGGUUAAGCUUCUGCAAGUGGUUGAAUGAUGUGAAAUUUCCUGAUGGCUUUGCUUCUAAUAUAUCUCGAUGUGUUAGCCUUCCUGAUUGCAAGAUUUUGGGAAUGAAAUCUCAUGAUUGUCAUAUCUUCAUGCAAAGACUACUUCCUGUAGCUAUUGCAAAAUACUUACGACACGAUGUUAGAUUGGCACUUACUGAGCUAAGCACAUUUUUUAAUAAAUUGUGCACUAGAACAUGUAAGCUUGAUGUCUUGGAGCGACUUCAAGCUGAUAUCACCCUAAUUCUGUGCAAACUUGAGAUGGUAUUCCCACCCAAUUUUUUUGAUGUAAUGGUCCACUUAGCCUAUCAUUUGCCACGUGAGGCCAUGCUUGCUGGGCCGGUACAAUAUAGGUGGAUGUAUCCUUUUGAGAGGUACCUUGGUAAAUUCAAGAGGUAUGUUAAGAAUAAGGCGUGCCUAGAAGGUUGAAUAGCAGAAGCCUAUAUCCAUGUUGGAUGCUUGAAUUUUUGCUCCAUGUACCUCCAUGAAGUUGAGACCAGGUUCAAUCCACAAGAAAGAAAUGUUGAUGGUGGAGGGACUAAUGUACAAGAUGGACUAUAUGUGUUUCAAUAAAAGGUGCGACCCAUGGGUAUGGCAACACGUCAUCAACUAGAUGAUAACCUUUUCAAGACCGCUAAGUGGUAUGUGCUUAAUAAUAGCCCAGAAAUUGAAGAAUACCUCAAUGAGCACUACAACAAAGUGAGGGAAGUCCACACAAAUAACGUCGAUCGUUGCCAUGCAGCUAAAUUCCCAACUUGGUUCAAGUCCAAGAUCCAAGAUCUGCGUAAAAAUAAUCCGAGUGAAGUGUCUGAAGAUUUAUAUGCACUAGCGUGUGGUCCUGAACCUUGGGUUGUGUCAUACUCUGCUUGCAUCAUGAAUGGCAUAAGAUUUCAUACGAGAAACCAUGAAGAACUUCGUCGCACUCAAAAUUCUGGUGUUUUGGUUAGUGGUGAACACCAAUCAGAAAGUGUCGAAUUUUAUAGUGUUGUAAAAGACAUUUUGGCAUUACAGUAUAUGAAAUGGCGUCAUGUUUACUUAUUUGAGUGCCAAUGGUUUGACAUUGCUGAUCCCAUUCGAGGGAUACGUGUGGGUGAGCAUCUUAUGAGUGUUAAUAUGUCGAGAUCAUGGUACAAGGACGAGCCUUUUGUUUUGGCAUGCCAAGCUUCACAGGUGUUUUACCUACAAAAUACAGGAUUGGGUAGUAAUUGGUAUGCGGUGCAGAAGGUGACAAACAUAAAUGUUUAUGACAUUCCAUCAAACCCAUUAAUAGAAGACGAUGAAUCUGAUUCCAGCGACAUUGAUGUUUACCAAGAGGACAAUGACGGAGAUGCUUAUAUACCGGUCCAAGUCGAUGAUGAUGGACUAGUUAGUCCAUUGCACAGGAGAUAUGUUCGGAUGAUAGUUCCAACUCUCUUGGCUGCACAGGUGAAGAUCUCUCCACUGAUGAUGAAACAAACUCGAAUUGGGAUUAGCAGCAUAUCAGAGAGUCCCUUUAGUUUGCACUUAUGAAAUAUAUUGGUAAGUAUGAUCUUCAAAAGGUGUUGGAAUUUGUAAUAAUUUUUUUUAUGGGUUGUCAUAUAAGUACUGGUAUGGUUUAAAUAUUCUGUACAGAGGGCAACAUGCACAAAAAAUGCAUGAUCUUCCAGGGGAAAAGAUUGCCCUCAUUCGCUACUUCAUCUGGUAUAGAUUUUCAAUGCCAACAUUAUUUCAAUUUCUAUUUUGCUGUAUGGGUUUUCUAAUAACCAUUUGAAUGUUUGUUGUUCUCAAAACACUACAAAUUUUUAUAUAGGUGUGGGGAAGAAACUUGGAUGAGCUGGAUGACCACUACAUAUGUUUGUUGUCCUCUAUUUUUGCGUCUGACCUGGAUGAGCUAAAAGGCAUGAAGAAGUCUGAAGUAGCUAAUGUUGAAGGAGAUGAAGUAGCUAAUGUCUGAAGUAGUUAGUUACUGGAGGAGAUGAUUGAAGAAGUUUGAAGUAAUUAAUGUAGUCAAAGUCCAGUACUACAUGCAGUGAUCCUGCUGAACUUUUUUUUUUUAUUGUAAAAUUAAUGAUGAUGGAUGACUUGUGACUGUAAUAUUUUUUGGAAUGAUUAAAUGACUGUAAUGAAGAAGUUUGUACUACAUGAAGUGAUCUUGGUUUAACGACAGUAAUAUUUUUUGAAAUGAUUAAAUUUUAUGAAGAUUGAUGA